UUGUCAGGCAAAUGGCACCUGUUUAUGUUGUAGUGCUGUCAUUGAACUAUAUACAAUGCUCGGGGUCUUGAUAUGUAGAAAAUUGAAAUUUAAUAUUCUUUUUAAUAACGUGCUCAUUAUUAAAAAUAAUAAAAGGUAAAGGUGUUAAUUAAUUUAGGAGGGAUGCGGUAUUCAACAACUGAGCAUUCAGGUAUGCUUAAAUUACUAUAAACAAAUGAAAUAUAGUACUAGAUUUGGAGGAGACCGGGUAAGGCAAGAUCAGGACGGAGGUGAAUGCUUUGAAUGAUCGAAUCAAAGUGAUCAUAUGGGAAUUCGAAGAUUUACUCGAAUCCCAUGUCUCAGAUCAGAUUCUUGCACAGCUCGAAAGCUCGCAACCAGGUGAGAGAGAUGACUUGUGUUUCUCUGUAGAUCUAGUGAGUCUGUGGGUGAGUUUUGAUUGCUUCGUCAAGAGGAUGAGGGAUAUGGAGGCGGAGUAUGAUAUUGAACUGGCGAAUAUGCCUGAGGAAGAAGGCGAACCUAUUUCCUCAAGGAUUGAUUUCCGUGGAAUCAACUCACACAUGGUUGGAUUAUCGGCUGAAUUUGAACGAGUAAGGGAUUUUUUUCUUGAAAAUGAAGCGGACGUCCUUGGACUUAUUGGGAUGGCCGGGGUUGGAAAGACAACAUAACGUUCGGAUCUUGUAUACAAGCAGGUUAGGAACUACAAUAUCCUUGGGUAUUAGAUUGCGUUUGUUGGAUGAAAAAGAGAGUAAGAAAUUACUUGGUGAGAAGGUGUUUGGUGAAGAAGGGUUUCCUCCUCACCUUGAGAAAUUGGGAGAGAAGAUUGCCAAAAAGUGUGAAGGUCUUCCACUUAUGAUAGUCAAAGUUUCAGAGCUUCUAUCCGAAGAAGACAAGACCACUGAAUUCUGGACUGAGGUAGCUGAAAAACAACAUAAUUCAAUCUUCGUGGAUGCAUAUGAUCAAAUAUCAGAGGUACUUUUCCCAAGCUACGACUACUUGCCUCAAUAUUGGAAAAUGAUUUUCCUCUAUUUAGGAGCUUUCCCUCCGUAUAGUAAAUUAGAUUUACAUACGAUCUUCAAUCUUAUGCUUGCUGAGAGGUUUUUGGAACCGUUUGGAGAAAAAAACGUUGUAGAUUUUGGGACAGAAAUUGUUGAUAGCCUUGUUUUUAUGUAUCAUGUUAUUCUGUGCGAAGUAAAUCCAAUCUCUGCGUUAUCAAGGAGCAAGUUUCAUGUACAUUCUUGUUGGCAGCACUUGUGUAGGAAAGAAGCUAGUAAGAUCAAGUUUUUGCAUGUUUUACAAAGUUGUGAUGAUGUUAUGAAAGACCAGCGUCGUUUGGGUGCUCAUAGCAACACUUUGUUUGCCUUCAAACAAGUGUCCGAUUUAAUAAAAAGUGAUUGCGCAGCCACUAUCCGUUCUCUCCUUUUUCUUGGUCCUUACCACCAAUUUCCGGUUUCAAUACCUGCCAUGGAUUACAAGUUGCUAUGGGUACUAGAUGCUUUUAAUGUCAGAUUUUACCAAGUCCCACUUGAAAUCCUGAAACUAGUGUGUCUAAAGUACCUUUCCCUAACUUGCAACAACGACGAGCUCCCUAUAUCCAUAUCCAACCCUUUUCAACUUCAAACCUUGAAUAUCGGACAACAUAUGAAUAUUAAAAAGCGUGGAGUCCACUCAUAUGUUCCGGUGGAAAUAUGGAAUAUGCUAGAACUGCAACAUAUUGAAAUCAUGGGAAGAGACCUACCAACCCCUAAUUCUGAUGCAACUUUGGACAAACUCAUCGGUCUUCGUGGUGUGAGUGCAAAGAGUUGCACUAGAGAAGUUCUCCAAAGAAUUCCUAAUUUACAAGAAUUAGCAAUGUGCAUGGAGUUGAGGCCUUAUGAUGACGAUGAUGAUGAUGAUUCGUUCAUUGCAAUGAGCCGCUUGGGUUAUAUAUCAAAAGAAGUGCAGAAUUUGGAGCGACUUAUAUAUGUUGUAACCAACCCUGAGAUGAAAUAUGAGUUUAUGAUUCCUCUUGGAAUGUUCCCAUCAAGUUUGACAUAUUUGCAUUUGAGUGGCUUAGGGUGGCCAUGGGAGUACAUGAAUGACAUUGGUUCGCUACUACCAAAUCUUGAGUCUCUCACCUUAAGUUGUUAUGCCUUUCGAGGCCCAGAGUGUGUUAUGAAGUUCAAAUGUUCUUUGAACCUUGAGCAACUUGUAAUUGAAGACACUGAUUUGGUGCGAUGGACCGCUCAACAUGGAAGCCUCCCAAAGCUUGGCAUGCUAAGCAUUUUGGACUGCUACAAAUUCAAACAACUCGAUUGGACGCGUGAUCCCUCAACGGCCACAAUGCCGACAAUUGAAUUAGUGGACUGCAGUCCCAGUGUUAUAUCUUCCGCCAUGAAAUUACUUGGUGCUGGCUUUAAAGUUGAUUUGCGCACUUCUUACCUUAGAUGAGAAGUCGUAGCAAGAGUUUCAGCUGGAUUUACAGGUGAUGGCGGCUUAUGGUGCAGCCAUUUCUCUCAAGAAUACGAUUCAACGUAUUCUACAAUCGCCUCGCAUUUCGCUGGUUUCUGUUUUCACUGGAAUUUCUCUGAAGCCGCACUGGCGACCGGCGAUUUCUCUAAA